AGACGAGGAAAGUGAGUUGGGUGCGUGCGUGAAGAAGGGAAGUUGAAAACAUCAAAACACAUACACACAGUUAAUAGUUAGAUCCAAGCAAGGUUUAUUGAAAUCAAAAUCAAAAUCGAAAAGGGGAAUGGGUUUAUCUUCAACUUCAAACGAAUCGAUUCAAUUAUGCAUCUUCGAUUUGCGAAGAGGCCAAAACGAAGGUCAAGAACUCGAUAAGAUCUUGUUCUUCUUCCCUUCCGGUUUACCUUUCUCCAAACAGCUUUCCGUUAUCGGUCUCAGUGAAGGACUCAUCACUUUCACUAGAAUUUUCUCUCCUGAAGCUGCUUGCGACUCCAUUGAAGCUGAAAGACAUUCUCAUGUUUUUUAUGAACCUGAACCGGAUAUUUGGAUGGUUAUGGUGGUGGCGAAGAGCAAUGAUUCGGAGCCUAUAUGGAGAGAUGAUGCAUUGAGAAAGGUUCUUAAGGAAAUUCACUCCCUUUUUGUAAUGUUUCAUGGAUCUGUAAGAGCUAUGCUGGAGAAAGAACCCGGUGGAGGACUAGUCAGACGGCAUCUGUAUUCCUUUAUCAUGGAUUAUUUACGCGCGUGUAUAGAGCGGUCUCCGUGGGAUGAUUGCUGCUGUGAUUUUCUUGUGGGGAAAAAGUUCCUCCUACCUUCAUUCCGUGAUUGCUUAAAGGAACGUGGAACUGUGCAGAUGCUGACAAUAACUCGCGAAGCUGCAAUUGAAGUUCAGUCGCUUGUCAGGGCUUUCGAAUCUUCUGCUGUAAACACUCCCUGCUACUCUUUGAUUUUAUUUCAAGACCUAUUGGUGUCUACAACACUAUCUCCUGAUGACACCAUAAACUUAUUUACAUAUGCUGUGCUAAGGUUGACUCCGCGUGCUCUAUCUUCUGGAGGAAGUUCAUGGUCCUACUUACGGAAAGGAAAUGUUACAUCUAAUGUUGUCACCGAGACUAAUGUGACCCAUCCAAGCUCUAUGUCUGAAAGUUUUUAUGGAUCAUCUGAUACAACACCUGGGGAGGAUAACAACUAUCAUGUUGUGAGACCCUUGCAAAGUGACAAAUGGUCUAAGGGAAAAGAUGGUUAUCUUGUCACUGAUUUAUGGGGUGCAGAGGUUGGCACGUGGGUGUUUGCUACUCCAACAGUCUUACUUCAACAGACCGGAGAGAGAAUGUAUCUUUGUGCUUAUCAACAUAGAAGCCUUACUUUGAUGCUUCUUAUUCCCAUAUCCUCCAUACCUAAUGGAGAGCAAGGGGUGUCGGCAGUGAAGCAACAAGUUCUUGAAAAUGCAUCACUUAAGAUAUUGAAAAUUGAAGAGAAACUAUCCAAAGGAUGGGGUGGUGAAAACGCAUAUCAUGUCGGUGGGUACCGCUAUUUAUUAGUGGAUGGUGAUAGAAAUGUAUCCAGGGCUUCUCCGGCAACAAAAGUUACAACUUUAACUAAGGAGUCCUUACUUGCCAUGAAUAAGCUCAGGCAGGAGGUUGAGUUGGAGAAGAGUCGAGCAAAACUAGAUGACGAUAAUUGUGAGAAAGAUCUAGAGAUUUGCAUAAGAGCAAAAAAUAAUGCCUGGGUUAUUUCUCGAGUUACAAGAGGGAAGGAGCUGUACAUGGUUCUAGAGAAAGCCAAUGAAACCCUUCUUUAUGCCUCAGAUGCUGUUGAGAAGUUUAGUAAUAGGUAUUGUGAUGGAACUUUUUCACUGGAUUAAGAACCUAAGUAUGUGCAAAUGGAGGAAUAGGAAGUUUAGCGGUUUUGAGACCUUGUUUUCCCUAAUAAGGUCGAAAAAUUUUCCACUAUUGAAUUUUCUGACCUGUAAAUUUUUAGAAAGUAAGAAAAAAAAAAUUCUGUGUGUACAUCUUUCUGUAUAUUAAGUGUAACUUUUACUUAUAAAAGGGCUCUGCCAAUUCAAACUGUCAUCAAUAAGAAAAUUUUUGAAAUUCCAAUUCGAGAGUAACUUACUGAGAGGAGUGUUAAGCGACACUCUAUAACACAUAUUUUCCCGCACACUUUUUUUAUCAGUUAAAACACACAU